AUGAGACAGCUAGCUGCUUCUGGGAUCACAUUCAUACAGUUUGCAAAUAACAAUUCCAUGAGAAACAUCUAUGUCUUGGGUGUCUCUCUGUUCCUGGGGCUAUCAAUUCCUCAAUACUUUGCAAUUAACACAUCUUACGAUGGACAUGGACCGGUUAGAACGAAUGCCAUAUGGUUUAAUGAUAUAAUGAAUACAAUCUUCUCAUUGCCGGCAACGGUGGCAAUAACGGUUGGGACCAUACUUGAUAACACCCUCGAAGCAAAUCAGGUGGAAGAUAGAGGAGUUCCAUGGUGGAAACCAUUCCAGCACAGCAAAGGCGAUGUUAGAACUGAGGAGUUCUACAGCUAUCCCCUCAGACUAAAUGAAUAUAUAUGCUCACCAGGUUUCUCGAACAUUGUAUAUUAUGUACAACACUGGCGAAUUUGCGAGUCACGUGUUCAACCAUUUAUGAAAUUGUCACUUUUGAUGGAUGCGCAGACUCCUCGGUUAUAUUCUUUGGGGUUUGGUCGCAUUUUUACAGAAUCUGAGUUGUGGGAUCCACGCGUGUCUUAUCUUUUCACUCGUCUUUUUCCCUUGUCUCUUUGA